UUGAGCUGCUCGGUCGUUGUCGCGCUCGGCAGGCAGUUCGUUCAUUUCCGUCGUUUCCGACCAUAGAGUUCCUACAGUUCCGGUGGUCGAGUGGCUUCCGCUUGGGCAUUAAUCCCUAACUGGUCUUCGGCGCAGGAACGCAACAAAUGAGGAAGCCAUAAUAAAAUAUAAACUCAAUUCCGGAUCGUUGGACAUUGCUGCUGACUGAGUUAAAUGGGGAGAAGGCGAACACAUUGGGUCCGGAAGGGGGACCGUCGGCCAGUAAAGACAGGCAUAAAGUGCUUGUCAAUUGGCUAUCUAUUACGGUUGCUCUUUGUUCAUCAUUUGCUGCUCGGAUCGUUUUGUGGUUCGCAUCGCGUAUACGCCAUGCUGGCCGCCGAGGGGCAAAGCGUCAGAAGUAACAGUCAUGACGUCCACCAUGGCUUCGAUGUACCCGGUAGACAACCCGUGUCAGACAACCAGGUCAGAGGCGCACCUAUAACCGUGAUAUUGCCGAAGGUCACCUCCCGGUGGAAAUGUUUCUGCUCGAAGACACCCAAUCAAAGCGAGGAGCUAGAGUGCCGUUGCGAAGGAGAUUCGCUUACCCGGGUGCCACAAACGUUGCAGCUGCCCAUCCAACGAUUGACGAUUGCGUCGGCGGGAUUGCCUCGCCUACGCAGCACAGGAUUGAAGGUCUAUGGGCCCACAUUGCUGGAUGUGGCUUUCACCGACUGUCUCAAGCUAGAACUGAUACAGGACGGCGCUUUUGCUAAUUUAACGAUGCUGCGCACAAUCUACAUUAGCAAUGCACCCAAGCUGACCUUUCUGUCAAAGGACGUCUUUGCCGGCAUUUCGGAAACUGUGGAAGUAAUACGCAUCAUAAACAGUGGGCUAACCAGAGUUCCGGACCUGGGCCACCUGCCACCACACAACAUUCUGCAAAUGAUAGAUCUCGAUAAUAAUCAAAUCACUCGAAUAGACACUAAAUCUAUAAACGUAAAGACUGCACAAUUAAUUUUGGCAAACAAUGACAUAAGCUACGUUGAUGACUCGGCUUUCUUUGGCUCGAAGAUAGCCAAACUCUCCUUGAAGGAUAACUGGAAGCUAACAGAGAUGCAUCCAGAAGCCUUUAAUGGUAUUAUAGAUAUAACUGAACUCGAUCUCUCCAGCACCUCGCUUGUUGGUCUGCCUUCAGUGGGACUUCAGACCAUUGAAGCUUUAUACAUAAUGAACACACACACCUUGAAAACCAUUCCUUCAAUUUACAACUUCAGGAAUCUACAGCGUGCCUAUCUCACGCACUCUUUCCAUUGCUGCGCCUUCCAGUUGCCAUCCCGGCAUGACCCCCGGCGCCAUGCCCUCCGGAUGCUGGAGAUUGAGAAAUGGCGGGAGCAAUGCAACAAAUGUAGCCGGAAGGAGAGAGCCCUUUUGGAUUACCUUGAAGCUCAGCCGGAGGAUUUUGGUAGUUUUGGUAGCACCGAACCGUCAAUGACAGAAAACACUCCCUUUCCCAUUGCGUCCAUUGAUUAUAUGGCCGAUUCAACCAAUUUGGGAUACUUUCAUGAACAAAUCACCAUUAAUCCGGAUGAUAAGCAGUCAGCCGAAUUUUGUGGCAACUUCACAUUCAGAAAACCAAAUAUUGAAUGCUAUCCCAUGCCCAAUGAUUUGAACCCCUGCGAGGAUGUCAUGGGUUACCAAUGGCUUCGCAUUUCUGUUUGGAUUGUGGUUGCUCUGUCCGCAGUGGGCAAUGUGGCGGUGUUAACAGUUAUUCUAUCAAUUAGACCCGAAUCAUCUCCAGUACCCCGUUUUCUCAUGUGCCAUUUGGCCUUUGCGGAUCUCUGUCUGGGUGUUUAUCUCCUGCUGGUGGCCUCCAUUGAUGCACAUUCAAUAGGAGAGUACUUCAACUACGCCUACGACUGGCAAUACGGUGGGUUUCUAGUUGUGGUUGUGUCUUUGAUUUAUUUUCCGAUUCCUAUUCACACAGGCCUGGGAUGCAAAGUUGCUGGAUUUUUGACCGUUUUUGCUAGUCAUUUGUCGGUAUUCACACUGACUGUGAUUACCAUAGAGCGUUGGCUGGCUAUAACGCAGGCCAUGUAUCUGAAUCAUCGUAUUAAGAUGCGACAGGCAGCUCUCAUAAUGCUGGGGGGAUGGCUUUACUCCAUGGUCAUGUCCUCUCUGCCGCUGUUUGGCAUCAGCAAUUAUUCGUCGACAAGCAUCUGCUUACCGAUGGAGAACCGAGAUGCAUUCGACACCAUGUAUCUGAUUGCAAUUCUGGGCUGCAACGGCGUGGCCUUCUCCAUCAUAGCCGUGUGCUAUGCACAGAUUUAUCUAUCGCUUGGUAGGGAGACGCGUCAGGCACACCAGAACAAUCCGGGCGAGUUGAGUGUAGCCAAGAAAAUGGCUCUGCUGGUUUUUACAAACUUUGCCUGCUGGUCUCCCAUUGCAUUUUUUGGACUCACAGCCCUGGCUGGCUUUCCCUUGAUUAACGUGACCAAGUCCAAAAUAUUGCUUGUAUUUUUUUAUCCGUUGAACUCAUGCGCGGAUCCCUACUUGUAUGCCAUACUGACGUCCCAGUAUCGACAGGACUUGCUUACCUUGUUGUCGAAAUUGGGUCUUUGCCGGCAGAAUGCGUUGAAUUACAACCACAGCUCCUCCGCACCGGCCACCACCCGUUUCACCAUCCAUCGGCAUAGCUCGCUCACCUGCAAGAUGCAGACAGUUUUAAAUGCAGAGGCACAAAAAAUGCUGAAGAAUGGCGAGGAUUAUAUUUAAGAACUGAAGCUUGGGUAUUCUAAAUACACCUCCUUCCCCCUGUUGUGAUA